UUAUUUUCUUUCACAGAUGCAUUCUGCAAUGCCACUUGGGAUGGUCUUUCUUGCUGGCCACCAACUAGGGCAGGAUCAUCCGCUGUCAUCAAAUGCAUGGAAUGCCUCAACAAGGUGCCCUAUGAUUCCUCGCAGAAUGCUUCCCGAGAAUGCCAUGAGAACGGCACUUGGGCGUUCCGGUCCGACUACUCCAGAUGUAGACCUCUCUAUCAGAGCGAUGAAUCCUUUGAGGUGCUUUGGGAUGUGAAGGAUGCCCACACUAUAUAUUCUAUAGGGUAUGGACUGUCGCUAAUAGCUUUAGCCAUAGCGCUCUGGAUAUUCCUGUACUUCAGUGACUUGCGUUGUCUCCGCAACACCAUCCACACCAACCUUAUGGUGACGUAUCUUUUCAGCGACCUUACAUGGAUCAUCACUGCAUGCUUACAGUCCAGCUCAUCACCGGAGGCAAACAAAGUGGCUUGCUACCUUGUCAUUCUUUUGACGUACUUGAUGGGCACGAACUUCUUCUGGAUGUUCGUGGAAGGACUGUAUCUUUACAUUCUGGUAGUGAAAACUUUCUCCGUCGAAACGGUCAAGAUUCACACAUAUGCAGCUAUUGGUUGGGGUUUACCAGCUAUCGUAGUUAUACCAUGGGCUAUCGUCAAGUCUCAGUUUGGACAUUCAACAAGUGAUGUGGCCGUUCACGGGUGUCCAUGGCAAAAUAAAGACCAUUUCGAAUACAUUUUUGUGUGUCCUGUCAUUUUGGUUCUUUUGAUCAACAUCUAUUUUCUAGCCAGAAUCAUGUGGGUCCUCAUCACAAAGCUUCGAGCUGCCACCAGCGUGGAGUCCAAACAGUACAGGAAGGCAGCCAAAGCGUUGCUGGUGCUGAUUCCCCUCCUGGGUGUCACUUACAUCGUGGUCAUCGUCACCCCCUCCCACCGAACAGCAAGAGUCGUGUUCUCCUAUGCUCAGGCCACCCUGCUCUCCACACAAGGUUUCACUGUAGCUGUACUUUACUGCUUUCUCAAUGGUGAGGUUCGAAAGAGUGUCCGUCAUCACCUCGAGCAAUGGAAGGACCGCAGAGGGCUAAGCAAUGGACGUCGACAGUUGCGAUUUAAUGACUCAGAACACGCCGAAUCCGGAUUCAGACUUUACGCCAAUCGUGGAGUCCGAGACCGAACCAGCUGCAUCAGUCUUUCAACGAGCGGUACUUGGCUCAGCAACAACUAUAAGUGCCAACCACCAAUAACUCGUCCAAUAAAUGGUUCUUACAGUCCAAUACCUGUACGAGACGAAGCCAUUUAGAGCAACAGAAAUCUUUUAUUCGACUCGUUUUAUUUACUAAAACUUUCAUGUGGGAUCUUACUCCGACAUGGACUCGUGGGUUUCU